AUGCAGGCUCGGAAAAGAAAGAAAAUGCAGCCUUUGCUGCAGUCACUCGCGCCGGUCUUCCAGGACGCUUACCACGAUGCCGCAGCCGUGGCGGCUACCUCGGCAGUGAGCGCUCAGCCCCCACUGCCUGAGAGGACAGCGCUGGCCGCCACCGUCAGCUGUCGUCAGCCUCCGAAGCACCCACUUGGCUGCCCACUACGUGUUUUCGCGCGGCUGCACAGACAAGUUGUUACUUCCGCUGCGCCCGCCGUCAUAUUGAGCGCGCGCUCCCUGCGGCGCGCACUGCUUCUGUUUGCUCCCCAGUGUCGACAGCGGACAAUGCAGCCGGCGGGCGUAAUUGCCACAGUGGCAGCUCUGCUUGCAGCAAACGGGACCUCCUCGGUGCUGGACUGCGUCUGCAGCCACCUCGACUCUGGCAGAAUCUCUGAAAGUUUCCGUACAGCUAUCACGCUAUGGGACUACUGUGUUGAUGAAGAUUGGCUACUGGGGUUCCCAACGUGCGACAGCCUGGAGCAGCCGCCCCCUCCGUGGUCAGCUGCGCAGCGCUUGGCAGCCCGGCUCUGGGACUCCGCACUGCCGCCGCCGCCAGCAGGUGGAGCGGAGGAGGGAGGUGGGUGCGCCGGCGCCCUGGCGCAGCUCCGCCCCCUCACGUUGGGCGAAUCCAUGGAAGUCCUCGUGGAGCUCGACUGCCAGAUCGCUGACGACUGUAUCGACUCCCGCUGUGUACCGAGGUUGAACAACAUGGAAUGGAACGUGACAACGCUGCAAACAAAUGAUCUGAGGCAUCAUAUCCUGUCCCAGUCAGCGUAUGCUGUUCGACGCAUCACAAAAGCCAUGGCCAGCAGAGUGAAUUGUGAGUGGUGGCGUCAUGUUCAGUUUGAGUGGAGGGAUAAACCUGAACUGCAGGCCCAGGCGGCUGUUUUCCGGGAACGACUCUCCAGCUACUGGCGGGACUUGGCGCAGCUGCUCUCACUCGAUGCGACCCUCGCCUCGCAGCUGUUGGUUCCCCUCGCAUUCGAACGAAUGGGUAACCACGCAAGUGAUCAGCAACUCCACGGUUGGAUUAAGGACAUGGAACGUGUGAAAAACAUGCUGCGCACGAAAUUAACCGGAUGGGUACAUGACAUGCAAUUAGCCAGCAAACAGGUGGAGCACUACGAGGUGGAAGAAGACAAGGACAGGCCAGGGCACUUGAUACUCAGGCGGCCGCUGUUGAGUGAACGCCUGCUGCGCUAUCAGCCGUGGAGCCCCUCCUUUGACGACGACUUCAGUGCGCUGUGCGAGGAGCGGCAGCCAGAGGCGUCGCAAAUGUUCAGCCUCGCUGACGAUCUGUACACCUUCCAUCGUGUCUACUGGUACACUGCACCUGAGUACAUCGAUGCAUUCUACGAAGAUGACGUCAAGAUUGUAGAGGAGGAGUGGCAGCUGGAGGACAGAAGCCACGCUACGCUCUCCGUGAACACUGACUGCGUGCAGCUGUUGGUGAACGCCCUGGACCACCCCACGUGUCCGCUGGAAGACCUGCCACUGGAAGCCGUUAAGCAGCGCGAGCAGUGCCGCGAGCAGCUGUGGGACGACGUGGUGCAGAGGUCGCCCCACAUACCCGUCACCAGCUACCUGGCCUACACGCAGAGGAUAAACGUCAACCUCUGUCUGCUGGCCUGGAUGGCUGUCAACUCGUACGGCAUUUGUCAGGACGUCCCGUUUACGCAGCGCCAAGCCAACCCUGGCCCGCUUUGCCUGACGUCACAAGAGCGCGCCGCGGCCUUCUCUUUAGGUGGUGGCGGCCAGAGCCGACACGGGGCGCACUGGGGGCGCUUAGCGGCCCACCCAGACAAGCGUCCUGCACCACCGGGGCACGCGUAA